UGUGUCAGUUGUGGGUGUUAAAAUUUUGCUAAUUUCUUCAAAAAUCAUAUUCAAAUCCUUUUACUUCAUUCAUUACAAUAAGCCUUCAUCAUGGCAGAUCGUCUUACACAACUGCAAGACACCAUUAACCAGCAAGCUGAGCACUUCUGCAACAGCAUAGGCAUAUUGCAGCAGUUCUCCACGCCUAGCAAGUUCCCUGGGUUUGACCGGAGUGGUUCGCAAACGCCUCAACAACAGCAGAAUCAGGAGGACUAUGCAGUGUUGUUUGCGACGCUCAUUUCGCGGUGUGCGAAGGAUAUUGACACGCUGAUCGAGUCGCUGCCGAGUGAGGAGAGCUCGGCAGAGCUGCAGGUGCAAAGCUUGAGGCGUUUGGAGGCGGAGAAUAAGGAAGCUGCUGAGCAAUUGGAAGAA